AUGAAGAGAGAAAGAGAGAAGAAGAGUGUUACUAAUAUUGAGAAGACAGCUCUGCUCUCUGAGUAUGUCAAUCUGCUUGUCACUGAAGUAGAACCUGAGACAGCAGAUCAGAAAAUGCGGGAUUUUAAGAUGCAGGUUGAUCUGGCUGAGAAGAAGCAGCAGAAACCCUUCUCUGAGAAGGCAGUGAAGAGAGAUUUUGAGAUGAUUAUCAUCUCAGAUGAGAAGAAGGAGAAGAAGAAGAAGAAGAAGAAGAAGAAUGAGAAGUGA